AUGGCAGCGUUCGCCGCCCUUUGUCCUGCUCGCUGCCGUGCGCGCGGGUGUGUACGGGAGAGCGAUGCGCGCAAUUGGGUGUAUGCAUAUGCGUGGGCGAAAAGCAAGGAUAAUUUCGUAAUUUCGGCACACAUAUGGACGGGGCGAGACAGAUUUUGUGAUCGUGUGAUUGGCCCAGCCAUUGGGGGGGAGGGGGGGCGGGGGGGAGGGGGGGGGGCGUGGCGAGUUCUCGAAGAGGUCCGAGCGGACCUUGACGAAGAGCCUGCGGUGCCGGUGGAAGACCCGAGCGAGGAUGACGACGAAGCAGGAGCUGCUGCUGCUGCCGCCGGUGACGAUGGAGAGGAGGAAGGGGGGGACGGCGGACAGGAGGAUAACGGUGGUGGUGGCGUCGUCGAAGGGGAAGACGACGACGACGACGAUGACGACGACGAUGAGGAUGAGGAGGACCCGCGUCAAGAGGUUGAUCUAGGAUCCAACGAUUCUGUUGAGGAGGAGGUGGUGGAGGAGGAGGAGGAAGAAGAAGAGGAGGAGGGAGGCGAUGAGGGUGACCUGCAAUCGGUGUCGGAGCUGGGAGGAGACGAGGAGGAGGAGGAAGAGGAGGAUGAUGAUGAAGGGAGCGCUGCCGAUCAAAACCCGGGGAUAGAGGCGCUCUAUGGGGGGGAGAUAUCGGAUGAGGAUGACGAUGAUGAGUAUGACGAUGACGAGGACGGCCCGCCGGCAAACAACGACAUCGCCAUCUACUCCGACGGAGACGAUGACGAUGGCGUGGGGCAGGUGCCGUACGACGAGGAAGACGAUGACGAAGACGACGAUGCUCUCGGUGUCAUCGCCAACGGGGCGGCGCAGCUGGCGGCCGCCGCGGGGCAGCACAUCCAAGACGAGGGAGACGAGGACGAUGGCGAGGGGCAGGUGCCGUACGACGAGGAAGGCGAUGACGAAGACGACGAUGCUCUCGGUGACAUCGCAAACGGGGCGGCUGAACUAGCGGCAGCCGCGGCGCAAGCGGGGCAGGACAUCCAAGAGGAGGUGGGCGGGUUGAUCGAACAAGAUGACGAGGACGAGGACGAAGCCGAAGACGAUGACGACGACGACGCCCAGAAAGGUGAAGGGGUGCAACAGGAGGACGAUGGUGGUGGCGAAGAGGAGGAAGAGGAAGAGGAUGAGGAGCGAGAACCAGCUAGUAAAAAGGCACGGACCGAGUAAUUGUGGAUGGGCCUGCUGCUUGAAAUACAAAAGGUUUUUGAGUCUGGAUGAAGUUGCAAAUAAGUUUGGUGGCGUGGGGGGAGGGGGGAAUUGUUGAUUUUCACUGUCCCAAAAUGUUCUGGAGUGAGUAUCCUAGAGAAGUUGUUUUAAGUUUGGGGUGGUCGGUACAAUAGUUGGUACUGAAGCGAAGGCGGAUUAUGUGUCGUCGCCAUCGUCGUCGUGUUUUUGUUGGACCUGUUUCGUCUUGUUUUUGACAUGGUAUUUGCUUGGGUUAGGUGAGGAAAGGAUGGGACAUCGACUUGAAAAGGGUAAAACGAGGUACGGCUGCUGCUGCUGCUGCUGCUGCUGUGUGGUUGUAGCGUUGAGCAGAGACGAAGAAAUACAAAGGGAGGGCACAGCUCCUGCUUCUGCUUCUGCUGCCUAUUUUUGUUGGGCAUCCCUACAGUAAGUAGUAGCACGCCGUUGCAUCAGAAUAACAUGGUACUUUCGUUGUCGUUGCAGUAGCUGCUGGUGCUGGAAACUGCGGCCGCUGGCGUUCGUCGGUUGGGUGUGUCUCCCAGAAAGCACGCGGCAGUGAUAGUCUUGACCAGCCCCCCGUCCCGUCCCCCCUGGUGGUUCCCGCGUCCGGAGGGAUUCGGGUUGACGACAAGGCCUGUUUUUGGUAGCAUUCUGGAAAUGCAUGAGAGAUCUGGACCGCCGGGUAACGCUUCUUCUCGUAAUCUCUGCGCCUGACUGUUCGGCGGAAAGCCGGACGGGACGUAUCCCCGUCCUAGCCUUGUAGGUCUACGGAGUUGGGUACGCUGCUGCUUAUGCCGACGAGCAGAUCACGCCUACAAUCCGGUGCUGGUUAUAUCUCUUGAGUGCCUAGAUGUAGAGCAACCUAGCUGCCACGAGUGUAGAGUCUAUUUUCAAUAGUAGUUAGGGGUAUUGUGAUGUUAUUUACGCCGCCACCAUGACUAGUCGUAAAAAGGGGAGUUGUAAUAAUAACAACACAAGUCCCCGAGGGUUAUUAUAGUGUUGGGCGUGAACGCCGCUUUGUUUUUGGAAAAAAAAUGCCGCCGAUUUUCCGCUG